AUGACGCUUCCUCCGCUGUCAUCUUUGUGGACCACCAACACUCUCUUUGGAGAAACGCAACAGCUCAGUGCUCGUCGGCAGUAUCAACCACAGCAUCAAGAUCGAGACGACAAUCACGAUGGUCUUGAUUUCUCACGAAAUGAACGUCUUCGGGACGAUCCGGAUGUCCACAUUGGCAAGCGACACUCCUUGAAUAAAAUUAAUCAAUUUCUCUUCGGCUUCAUGUACGAAGACGAGAACGAGGAAGACGACGAUGAUGUUUUGUACCGAUCUACGGUAGAACCCUCGACACCACUAUGGAACCGACUCAACCUGUCAUUGUUCGGUAUACUCUGGUUGCUUUCUACGGCUGAAAUUAUUCCCGUUACGUUGGUGGUUUCCAUGUGCGAUAAUUUUGUGGAGGUAUCGGAUGGAACGUGGACCAGCGACGCUACGACGAUUCCGUCAACGACUGCCACUUCCGCUGCAGCACGCUUGGCAGCGGCUGCCGUUUUGGGCACGUCCAUGGGAAAACUGAUCAAUGGACCCUUGACGGACGUGUGGGGAGCCCGCCGAUCUUUAUGUGUUGCUUCCGGGGCCAUGGCGGUGGGUCUCGUCCUGCUGGCUACGGCAAUGACGCUCGACACUGCCGCGAUGGCUUGUUUUCUGGUGGAAUACGCUUACGCCAUAACGUGGCCGUGCUGUGUGGUGAUUUUGGCGACGCACUAUCGCGGAAACGCAUCCGGUAUGUACGAGGGAGGCAUCUACGUCACAUCACUCGCAUCCCGUUUGGGAGCCCUUACUGGUAUUCCCCUCGCAUCCGUGUUGUUGCGGCAUACAACAGAAGCAACAACAACAACAACAACAAUGGUUGGAUCCUCUUGGCGUUUGGUGGCUCUCUUGGCUGCAUGGAUUGCACUGGUUGCCUCGUCGGUGGUAUACUUUUAUGUUGCGGAUACACCAUCCCGAAAACACCAACCACAGAAUCCGCUAGACCCAGUGUGGCUCAACAAGUGGUUUCCCUCUUACGCCAACGGAAGUCGUCCUUUGACGCUUUCGACCACCUUACGACUGAUACCCUUUGUUGUACGCUACAACUUGGUUCCUUCCAUGAAGCAUGUACUGCGGAGUGGUACAUUCUGGAUGGUGGCCUUGGCGCACACGGGAUCGAGUAUGGUGCGCACGUCGGAACGAUUGAUCGGCACAUACUUGUCCGAUACGAGUAACGAUAGCCUCUCACACAACCGUGCCGGCGGCCUUGCCGUCUUUUUGUCGCUGGGGACCGUCAUAGGUUUGCUCGUGGCUGGGAAUCUCUUUGCUACUUUGCACGAACGCGCGCGCAAACGACUCGUCACUCGACUGUAUAUUCUCACAAUUAGUGCCUGCUACGUACUAGCCUUGUUGGCCAUUCCGGCCGUGCGGAAUACGUGGCAAGCACCGGAGCUGGUCACGACCUUUCAAGUCAUGGCCGUGGCUGUGGCCGGUUUCGGAAUUGCCGUACAAUUUUAUCAUAUUCCCGGUUUGGUCGGUGCGACCUUUGGCUGUGACAAAGGCUUGUUCGCGGCCUACGUCGACGGGGUUGCCUAUUUGUUUGCUUCGUACGUAUGGCGCCUAGUGAUUGGCAAGGCUGUCCAGGAUCCCGUCGAUGAUGACGGACUCGGGUGGGCCUACGGAUGGGCGGCGGUAGCCUUGUUGCUCAUCCUUUCGGCGGUGCUCAUGGUAGAGUUCAUGGAACACUACUUUUGUCGAUCACUUCAUCAACAGGGCGGGACUUACGAAACAAUUAUCUUUGCGUAG